AUGGAAUACGUAUCAAAGACACAACUUUAUUUGAAAGUUAAAAAACCUUUGUUGGAAAGACAACGUCGUGCACGUAUCAACAAGUGCUUGGAUUCGAUGAAACAAAUGAUUGCUGAAUUAAAGAACGAUAGUUCAAUCCUGCGCAUGGACAAGGCCGAAAUGUUGGAAGCAACAAUCGCUCAUCUACGUCAAGCUAAAUCUAUUGACAACAAAGUACCUGUAGAUGGCUUUCGCAAUGGAUAUAUUAACGCUGCAAAUGAAGUCUCACGUGUUUUGAUCUCAACUCGAGGACUCAGUACAGAGUUGGUAAAAGCUAUUUUGAAUCAACUUGGCUGCCAAUUUGUUCGACUGCAGGAAUUGAAACAUCAACAACAGUCAAAACUUGCUAACCAGAGGACAAAUAACACACAACAAUUGACUGUUAAUAUCUCAUCGACACCACUUAGCCCUGCUUCUUCGGGUUAUCACAGUGAUAGGAGUAGUCCUGCUUCGUCGCCUGCAGGAUCAGAUGAUUCUACUUCAGAACUUUGGCGACCUUGGUGA